CCAGGUACGUCGGCUGCUACGUGGACAACACUCGCCGGCGGACGCUGCGCGGCGUGUCCUUCUUCGACUACAAGAAGAUGACGGUCUUCCGUUGCCAGGACAACUGUGCCGAACGGGGUUACCUCUACGCGGGGCUGGAGUUUGGCGCCGAGUGUUACUGUGGGCACAAGAUCCAGGCGGCGAAUGCCAGCGAGUCCGAGUGCAACAUGGCAUGCAAGGGGGAGAGGAGCAACACGUGCGGCGGGGCCAACCGCCUCUCCAUCUACCGCCUGGAACUGGCCCAGGAGUCUGCCCGCAGAUACGGCAGCGCGAUAUUUCGGGGGUGCUUCCGCCGGCCGGACAACGUCUCCAUCGCCCUCCCUGCCAGCCGGCUCAUGCUGAACAUGUCGGUGGACAAGUGCGUGGACUUCUGCACCGAGAAGGAAUACCCACUGUCGGCGCUGGCCGGGACCGUCUGCCGCUGUGGUUUCCCCACCACGCUCUUCACCCUGCACGAGCGCGAGGACGAGCAGCUCUGUGCCCAGAAAUGCGCCGGCGAGGAGUUCGAGAGCUGCGGCACCGCCGAGUACCUCCUCGUCUACCAGACCCAAGUGCAAGACAACCGCUGCAUGGACAGGAGGUUUCUCCCCAGCCGUGCCAAGCAGCUGGUAGCCCUGGCCAGCUUCCCCGGCGCCGGCAACACGUGGGCACGGCACCUGAUCGAGCUGGCCACCGGCUUCUACACCGGCAGCUACUACUUCGACGGGUCUCUCUACAACAAAGGGUUCAAGGGCGAGAGGGACCACUGGCGGAGCGGGAGGACGAUUUGCAUCAAGACGCACGAAAGCGGCCAG